AAUGCACUAUGCAAAAACACACACACACACAAACAACACAGAGAGAAGAGAAGAUAGCACCAACUCCUCAUCUCCCUCAUUUACCCUUCCACCCUCUGUAAAAGUGCAUGUUUGUACUCACUUUCUUGAAUCUUCUCACACAUAAAAAACACACAAAUUAAAACCCCACACCAAGAACUUCCCAAAACCCCUCCUACAAUGGCCAAAAGCAGAAACCCCAGAAACCCAAAACCAAAAAAACACCAAGAAAAACCCCAUUCAUGGGCAGCUGUUCGAAGCCUCUUCACCUGCAAGUACCUCCAGGUACAACACCACCAGCACCUGGUACACCUCCAACAACAACCUCAAGACACCCCCAAAUCCAAGAAACACCCCAAACAACAAGACACAACAUCAUCAACAACAACAACAGACGAAACAAACAAGAAGCAAUGCAAGAAGAAGCUGAAAUGCUCAGGCUCCCUCUGCAGCAUGCAGAAGCCAGAGAUACUCAUCUCUUCAUCUCCCAACAAGAAGAGGGCCGCCGCCCAUCUCUCCUCCUCAGAGAGCAGUGAUGCCUCAAUCACCAGCAGAUCAAUGAAAGCCACUACCACCAUUAACUCCUCUUCAUCCUCGUCCUCUUCCUUCCUCACAGCCCCCUCGGCCUCCCCCUCCGUCUCCGGAUCCUUCAGGAGCAUGCCGUUUAGGAAGCUCUCCGGCUGCUACGAGUGCCGGAUGGUGGUCGAUCCCGUUCUCGGCAUGACAAGAGAUCCUUCCUUGAGGAAUACCAUCUCUUCUUGCCCACAAUGUGGCCAGGUUUUCAUGAAACCUGAGAAUUUGGAGUUGCAUCAAGCUGUUAGGCAUGCUGUGUGUGAACUGGGAGCUGAAGACACAAGCAAGAACAUAGUGGAGAUUAUAUUCCAAUCAAGCUGGCUGAAGAAGAAUAUCCCAGUUUGCAAGAUUGAUCGCAUAUUAAAAGUCCAAAAUACCCCCAAGACCAUAUCCAAAUUUGAAGAGUAUAGAGACACCAUCAAGGCCAAAUCCGCCCGCCUCCCCAAGAAGCACCCGCGCUGCGCAGCCGAUGGCAACGAGCUCCUCCGCUUCCACUGCACCGCUCUGAUGUGCUCUCUCGGCCUCAACGGCUCAUCCAAUUUGUGCAACUCCAUCCCCUCCUGCGCCGUCUGCAGCAUCAUCAAAAAUGGCUUUAAGGUCACCUCACAAGUCUCUUCAAAAGGUAUAUUAACAACUGCGACUAGCGGAAAGGCGCAUGACAGCUGUUGCGUGGCUGCGGAUGAGGGGAAGAGGGCUAUGUUGGUUUGCCGAGUGAUUGCCGGCCGGAUAAAGAAGAAUCCGGAGGGGAAUGUGGAGGACUAUGAUUCCGUAGCCGGAGCCGUUGGAGUUUAUUCGAAUUUGGAUGAGUUGUAUGUUUUUAAUCCAAAGGCUAUAUUGCCAUGUUUUGUUGUAAUCUAUAGAGGUUUUUAAUAUAUGAUGGAUCUUAGAGCAUUUAGCUCAAUUUUCUAUCUAUUGUUGGAUUUUAUUGUA